AUGCCGAGUGAUUACAAGUCCGAUCCUGCAGUGAGCAAUUUACGGAAUUACCUGAGGAUCCGUAGCGUUCAUCCUAACGUUAAUUACGAUGAAUGCCUCACCUACCUCCGCGGCCAGGCUGCUGAGAUGGGCUUGUCCGUGCAAGUCCACGAGCCUCUGCCGAAGAAGCCUAUCCUAGUGAUGACUUGGCCAGGACUAGAACCUAACCUACCCAGUGUGCUGCUGAACUCGCAUAUGGAUGUUGUACCAGUGUUUGAGAAAAGUUGGAGUCACCCUCCCUUCGAGGCUCACUUAGUAGAUGGCGUCAUUUACGGCCGAGGAGUGCAAGAUAUGAAGUCUGUUGCUGUGCAGUACAUUGAAACUGUCAAGCGAUUGAAGGCUAACGGCAUCAGGUUGAAACGAACUCUCCAUCUGUCUUUUGUGCCAGACGAAGAAAUAGGUGGAGCACCAGGUAUGGGUAUGUUUGUAAAAACAGAAGCCUUCAAGAACCUAAACGUGGGCUUCGCAUUGGAUGAGGGCAUGGCCAGCGCCACCGACGAGUACUUGAUUUACAAUGGAGAAAGGACUAUUUGGCAUAUGAAGAUCAUCUGCCCGGGCAAGUCCGGGCAUGGCUCCCUGUUGCUGCCCGAUAACAGCGGAGAAAAGUUAAGAUACAUGGUGGACAAAUUAAUGGAUCUACGCGCGGAGUCAAAGAAGAAGCUCGCUGACAACCCUAGCUUGACCAUCGGUGACGUCACUACAGUCAAUCUUACUAUGUUGUCUGGUGGGAUCCAAAACAAUGUUGUGCCAGAAAAGUUGACCGCCAGUUUUGACAUCCGCAUCGCACUGUCUGUCGACCAAAAAGAGUUUGAGAAUCAGAUAAGACAUUGGUGCUCAGAAGCUGGUGAGGGAGUGACGUUUGAGUUCGAACAGAAGGACCCCUACGUGGCACCGACACAGCUGAACGAGUCCAACGCCUUCUGGGUCGCUUUCAAAGCUGCUGCGGAACAACUGAAAAUCUCGAUGAAAACCUGCACGUUCCCUGGCGGUACAGACAGUCGGUAUUUAAGGGAGCUCGGUAUUCCAGCCAUUGGAUUCUCGCCGAUGUCCAACACCGCACCAGGCUUGCACGAACAUGAUGAACAUCUGGGAGCUGACACAUUUUUACGGGGAAUUCAAAUCUACGAAUCCCUUAUACCGGCCGUCGCUAAUGUAUGA